AUGUCGGCGAUACAGGCCGCCUGGCCCUCGGGCACGGAGUGCAUCGCCAAGUACAGCUUCCACGGCACCGCCGAGCAGGACCUACCCUUCUGCAAAGGAGACGUGCUCACCACCGUGGCCGUCACCAAGGACCCCAACUGGUACAAAGCGAAGAACAAGGUGGGCCGUGAGGGCAUCAUCCCCGCCAACUACGUCCAGAAGCGAGAGGGCGUGAAGGCGGGCACCAAGCUCAGCCUCAUGCCCUGGUUCCACGGCAAGAUCACGCGGGAGCAGGCCGAGCGGCUCCUGUACCCGCCGGAGACGGGCCUGUUCCUGGUGCGGGAGAGCACCAACUACCCCGGGGACUACACGCUGUGCGUGAGCUGCGACGGCAAGGUGGAGCACUACCGCAUCAUGUACCACGCCAGCAAGCUCAGCAUCGACGAGGAGGUGUACUUCGAGAACCUCAUGCAGCUGGUGGAGCACUACACCUCGGACGCCGAUGGACUCUGCACGCGCCUCAUCAAACCAAAGGUCAUGGAGGGCACGGUGGCCGCCCAGGACGAGUUCUACCGCAACGUGAUGCUGGGCGAUUACCGGGGCAACAAAGUGGCCGUGAAGUGCAUCAAGAGCGACGCCAGGGCCCAGGCCUUCCUGGCUGAAGCCUCGGUCAUGACGCAACUGCGGCACAGUAACCUGGUGCAGCUUCUGGGCGUGAUCGUGGAGGAGAAGGGCGGGCUCUACAUCGUCACCGAGUACAUGGCCAAGGGGAGCCUGGUGGACUACCUGCGGUCGCGCGGCCGCUCGGUGCUGGGCGGCGACUGCCUCCUCAAAGACGUGUGCGAGGCCAUGGAGUACCUGGAAGGCAACAACUUUGUGCACCGAGACCUGGCCGCCCGCAACGUGCUGGUGUCCGAGGACAACAUGGCCAAGGUCAGCGACUUCGGCCUCACCAAGGAGGCCUCCAGCACCCAGGACACGGGCAAGCUGCCGGUCAAGUGGACGGCCCCCGAGGCCCUGCGGGAGAAGGUGGAAGUGACCAGGGACAGAGCGUCUCGAGCUCCGACAGGGGUUGUGCUGAGCCCUUGCUGACGCACAAGGAGGCACCCACAAGACUGUCCAGGAACACAGACAGAGGAAGGAACCCACGACGGAACAGGAAGUCACCAAUCUUAACAGGUGGUCUGGGGCUGGUGUUAUGGCAUAGUGGGUAAAGCCACCGCCCACAGCGCUAGCCUCCCAUGUGGGUGCUAGUUCACGUCCCAGCUCCAAUCCAGCUCUCUGCUAGUGCACCUGGGAAAGCAGCAGAGGAUGGCCCAAGCGCCUGAGCCCCUGCUACCCACAUGGAGACUCGUAUGGAGCGCCUGGCUCCAGCCUGGCCCAGCACUGAUCAUUGUGGCCACCUGGGAAGUGACCAACAGAUGAGUGCUCUGAGUUUCAAAUGAGUAAAUAAAUCUUUAAAAAAAAAAAAAAAAGAAGAAGAAAAAGAACCUUUAAAUAAAAAGCCUCUGAGUAAAGGAACAGAGGAACACAAAGAAUACAGGGAAAGAAAACCCAACGUGAUGGCACAGACUGCAGAGAGGGUGCUUCAGAGUUAAGGAGGCAGGCGCUUGGCACAGUGCUUAAGACACUGCCUGCUGGAGCUGGCACUGUGGCGCAGCAGGUUAACGCCCUGGCCUGAAGAACCAGCAUCCCAUAUGGGCGCCAGUUCAAGACCCAGCUGCUCCACUUCCAAUCCAGCUCUCUCCUAUGGCCUGGGAAAGUAGUGGAACUUGGCCCAAGUCUUUGGGCCCCUGCACCCACGUGGGAGACCCUGAAGAAGCUCCUGGCUCCUGGCUUCGGAUCGGCGCACCUCCAGCCAUUGUGGCCAAUUGGAUAGUGAACCAAUGGAUGGAAGACCUCUCUUUCUCUGCCUCUCCUCUCUCCGUGUAACUCUUUCAAAUAAAACAAAUCUUUUUUUAAAAAAAAAGACACUGUUUGUGAUGCAGCGGUGCCAUACUGGAGCGCCGUCUCCAUUCUCCAUUCCAGCUUCCUGCUUACGUGCACCUUAGGGGACAGCAGGUGAUGGCUCAUGUACGCAGGUCCUUGCCGCUCAUGUGGGAGACCCAGACUGAGUUCCUGGUCUUGGCUUCCACCCAACACAGCCCCAGCUAUUGAGAGCAUUUAGAUUAAUGAGCCAGCAGGUGGGAGAUCCAUCUAAAUGUCUGCCUUUCAUACUUGAAUCUAUCUCUCCUUUUUAAAAAGGAAAAGUACGUUCAGACAGGAUUAGAACCGAGACUAAAGCGGGCGGUUAGGGCGCUGCAACCCUGACAGCAGCUACUCCCUAAGAUGAUAAAGUCAGCUAGCAGCUGCCAAGGGCAGGAGGCGCUGGAGAGCGAAGGCAGACUGCUCUGCUCUGCAAAGGACUGUGGGUAAAAAGGGAAGGGGAUAGACAGGCAAAACCUGACAGCCAAAGCCAGGUCAGGGCAAAGAGAGUGUUACCAUGGGAGCAGCCCGGGAAUGAGAAUGCAGGAGAAAGGAGCCAGGAGAAAGGCCAGAGCUGAAGACGCAGAGCCAUGUAAGGUCAGCCCUGCACACAGUGGGAGUGGGUGUACCCACAGGAGAGGUUAUGUGUGGCAGGUGUGGGGAAGGGGAGUGCUCAGCAAAUCAAGAAAGCUCCUACCCCACAGCCUCCCUCUCCUUUUCAGGUACGUAAGAACAGGAUCUGGGGCAGACCCCAUGUGCAGUAGGCUAAUCCUCCGCCUGCGGCACCGGCAUCCUAUAUGGGUGCCGGUUCUAGUCCCGGUUGCUCCUCUUCUAGUCCAGCUCUCGGCUGUGGCCUGGGAAGGCAGUGGAGGGUGGCCUAAGUGCUUGGGACCCUGCACCUGCAUGGGAGACCAGGGAGGAGCACCUGGCUCCUGGCUUUGGAUCAGUGCAGCUCCGGCUGUUGCAGCCAUCUGGGGAGUGAACCAACGGAAGAAGACCUCUCUGUUUCUCCUUCUGUCUGUAACUCUACCUCUCAAAUAAAUAAAUAAAAUCUUUAAAAAAAAAACAAAAAAACAAAAAAAAACAGGACCUGCCUGCACCAAACCGGUGAA